CCUUAUAUUAAUAAAGUCACAAUCUCGGAAAACCCAAACAAAUCCCCUCUUCUCACCCUUUUUAUAGCACCCAUUUUAGGGUUUCGUUUUGUUCUCAAUCUCCGAUCUAGGGCUAAAUCUCUCUCCGCCGAUUCCGCUCAACUAGCCGUUACAUUUGGUUGUUUUGAAUUUAGUUCGUCGGAGUUGGCCGGAGAUGGCGGAGGAGAAGAAGGUUGUGAAGGAGGCGGAGGCGGUGAAGGGAGGAGAGCUGUUGUUCUGCGGCGCCACGUGUUGGGACACCAUAGGUCGCCGCAAGGGGUCCAUGGAAGGGAACUUGGUCUCUCCCACUCGUCUCCGACCGUUCGUCGGCGUCGACAUUCGGAUGGUCGUCUCUGGUUGUGCUUCUUGUCACUGUGUGGCAUUGGAUGUUGAAGGGCGUUGCUAUACUUGGGGGCGUAACGAGAAAGGGCAACUUGGCCAUGGCGAUACAAUUCAGCGCGAUAGACCCACAGUUGUCUCAGAACUAUCCAAGAAUAAAAUCAUUGGAGCAGGGGCUGGUAGGAGCCAUACUGUGGUGGUAACUAACGAUGGAUUCUCAUUUGCCUUUGGCUGGAAUAAACAUGGACAGUUGGGUUCGGGUUCAGCAAAGAGUGAAAUUGAGUCGUCUCCUGUACGCUGCCUUGUUUCCGAAAUAAAAAAUGCUGUUUGUGGGGCAGAUUUUACUGUGUGGUUAAGUUCUGUUGAAGGAGCUUCUAUAUUGACUGCUGGUCUUCCGCAAUAUGGUCAACUUGGGCAUGGGACAGACAACGAGUACAAUACCAAAGAUAGCUCGGUUAGACUUGCUUAUGAAGCCCAACCACGUCCUAAAGCAAUAGCUUCUCUUUCUGGAGAAACUAUAGUGAAGGUUGCUUGCGGAACAAAUCAUACAGUUGCUGUGGAUUCGAAUGGCUUUGUUUACACAUGGGGCUUUGGAGGUUAUGGAAGGCUUGGGCAUAGAGAGCAGAAGGAUGAGUGGGCUCCUCGUCGUGUUGAUGUUUUCACAAGGAAUAAUGUUCUACCUCCUAAUGCUGUGAUUUCAGCUGGUUCUGUUAACUCUUCAUGUACUGCUGGUGGAGGACAGUUGUAUAUGUGGGGCAAAAUAAAGAACUCUGGUGAUGAUUGGAUGUACCCUAAACCUCUUAUGGAUUUAAGUGGCUGGAAUAUACGUUGCAUGGAUUCAGGCAGCAUGCACCAUUUUGUUGGUGCUGAUAGUUCCUGCAUAAGUUGGGGUCAUGCGCAGUCUGGGGAGCUGGGAUAUGGACCUUAUGGACAGAAAUCUUCUGCAGUUCCCAAGAAAGUUGACACUCUUGAGGGCAUGCACGUCAUCAGUGUUGCAUGUGGAUCUGCCCAUUCCAUGGUGGUGGUUGACAGAACGAAUGUUGGUGACCGACUUGAUCAGCUUGACGUCUAUGAUGGCAAAGCUGCUGGGGAAGGGAGUGUAGAACCUGAGGCUAAAAGUUCAGUUGCCAAAAAAAAUACCAAAAAGGGUGCUGUUAAAACAUCUGAAAACUCUACUAAGAGGAAGAAGUCAAAAGAUUCAUCAGAGUCAGAGGACGAAGAGGAGGAUAGUGAUGAUGAUGACGACGACGACGAUGAUGACAGCGAAGGGCAGGUAAAUGGGCAGGAAGAUCAGAAGAGUCAACGAGGUGGAAAGGCUGGUAGAGGUCGAGGCAAGGCUGGUGGGCGUGGCCGGGGUCGUCCUUCCAACGAGAAGAAAAGCACACAGAGCACUCAAGCUAAAGGAAAAUUGGCCAAGAGGGGAAGACCCAAGAAGUAAUGAGAAAUUUUGUUCUCUAGAAAUGUACGAAAAUGUACUACUACUUAGCGGCUGCUGUUUUUUUUUUAUUUACCUUUGUUUUUCUUUCAAAAAAAAAAAGGGAAAAAAAAAGAGAAACUAUUCUUUCAGCAUUCUGCUCAGUAUAUUUUUGUGGUGAUUUGAUGAUGUGUGCCUCCUUAAUUUGACAUGUAAUUUAUGAGGAAUGGCCGGAAAUUGGUAACAAGAGGUUGCCUUGAAUCUUUAUUUCAAUUUUGUCAAGGGAAAUGGUCGUAAUCUGUUUAUUGGGAUUGAAAUGAUUUCAAAUCUUUUAUCUAUGAGAACAGUGACCAACAUAUCUUGGUGGU